AUGUACGCUCCCGGCUACGGCUUCUCCAAUGUCCCUCCGAACUUCAACACCAGCGCCCCACCUCCAAACCAGAACCCUCACAUGCAGCCAGGCUCUGUCCCAACCCAGCCGGGCCAGCAGAUGAUGUACAACCCUAAUCAAUUCGCUGGUAUGCCUGGAGGCCAGCCCGGCUUCGUCGGCGGUCCCAAUCCCGCCAUGAUGUCGGGCGCUGGCCCUGCAGGCAUGAUGCAGAACGCCGGCAUGCCACACAUGGCUGCCAAUGGUCAGAUGGGCUUCCAAAACCCUUACCAGGGCAAUCCAUACGGCGGCAACAUGCCCGCGCCGGGCGGUCAACAUCCCAACUUUGGAGGAAUGCAAGGCUUCCCGAUGAAUGCGGCGGGCAUGACGCCUCAACAACAGCAGCAGAUGAUGAUGCAGCAGCGCAUGCAAGCGCAGCAGGCACACCAGCAGCAGCAACAACAACAACAGCAGCAGCAGCAACAACAACAACAACAACACCAACAAGGGCAGGGACAAGGCAAUCAUGGAAACCAAGGCGGCAUGCAAUUGGGCUCGACACCUCAGAGGCCGAUGAGCGCGGCGCAAGGUGGACAAGGCUCUCCAAACAAUGCGAUGCAGCAACAGCAACAACAGCAGCAUCAGCAGCACCAACCUCAACAUCCCCAGAACCCUCAGCAGCAACACCAGCAGAACCAGCAACAUCACCAGCAACAGCAGGGUCAGCAACAGCAGCCGCCACAAUCGCAAAACCAGCAACAACAGCAUCAGCAACAACAAGCUCAACAUCAACAGCAACAACACCAACACCAACAGCAGCAGCAGCAGCAGCAGCAGCAGCAACAACACCAACAGCAGCAAGCACAGCAACAACAACAUCAGCAAAACCAGCCUCAACAACAACAACACGCGCAACAGCAACAGCAGCAGCACCAUCCCACAUCGCAACCUCAAUCACAUGGCCAGACUCCUGCGGCGUCAGCGCACCAGCACUCGGCUUCCAUCGCGUCCGUGACGACCCCUCAGACCCCGACAUUCCCUCAACAUAACCAGAACGCGACUGCAAAUGGCACAUCGUCGGUAUCGACGCCCCUUAGUCCCGGCAGCGAGUCCCGCGAACAGGAGAGGUUUUCACUGUUGUUGGAGAUCAAUCAAGAGCUGUUGUUCGAGUCGAUGCAGUUGCAACACACGCUAAGUGAGUUGAAGAAAGAGACACCAGGAGAAGGAGAUCAGGCGAGGAAACCGACCCAAGAAGAAGGGUCGGUUCAGCAGGACUACAGCCAUUGCAUGCGACGACUUCAAGCGAAUCUCGCAUACCUAGCCGCUUUGGCCGAUCGCAAGGGAAACGUCCAGGUUCCUCCAUCGCCCGCUUACCUGUCCUCCCCGCCACUGAAUAUGGCGCUCAAGAUCCGAAACUCAACUCCGCCAGGCGACAUUCCCGAGAACAAUCCAGACCCGAUGACAGACCGCGAGGAACGAUCCAAAUACCUAUCUGAGCUGUACAGAAAGCUUCAAGCGCUGUUUCCAAAUGCGGACCCCAAGAAGGAGCCACCGUUCCAGGCCGCGGGCCGCCCUCAGGGUCAACCGGGGCAGCAGGGACAAGGUCAGCGGCCGCCGAGCCACCACGCGAGCCCCGCCAUGGCUCAAGCUCAACGGCCCAUGCAAAUGCAGAACAUGCCCGGAGCACAUCAGCAGCAGGGCAUGUCUCUAUCAUGA